AAACGCGUUUGCGCCCUCAGCACCGGUGACUCUUCAGUCCUUCAGAGUACAGCACUAGGAGGAAGAGUACAGAAAAAGACGGAUGUAACACAAUGAACCGCGUCGCGAGCGACACCACGUAGAGUUGCUGUUUUUUGGUUGGAGUCGGAAACGUGCUUUCUUUUUCUUAUGCCUUUAUUGAAGAAAUAGUUCUCCUAAGGAUCGCUUUUCACGCGUAUAGGAGCGUGUGUUUCUCAGAAGGAUAUUAAAGGUUACAGAUGGGGUCUCAAGGGCCAGGACGUAAAAGAACCUCCAGCAAAAAUGGGUUGACUGCUGAGGAAGAUGCCCUCAGUGUAAUCGCACAACAGGCUGAAGCCCGUUUGGCAGCUAAGAGGGCGGCCCGCACAGAAGCUCGUGAGAUCAGGAUGAAAGAACUGGAAAGACAACAGAAAGAGAUUUAUCAGGUGCAGAAGAAAUACUAUGGACUGGAUAACCUGGACAAAAAAUGGGGGGACAUUGAGCAGUGGAUGGAGGACAGUGAGCGAUAUACACGUGUUUCACGGAGACAUGCUUUGGAGUCAGAUGAUGAAGAAAGGAUGUCAGUGGGGACUAGGAGCAACAUACAGCUUCCCCAGGCCUCCUCCUAUCAGUCACAAAAGAAGUCCAAGAAAAAGAAGAAACAUUCUUCCAAAACUAGCAAUGGCUAUGAUGAUCUCAGCAUAUUGUCUAGUCGGAGCUCCAGAUUCAGUGAUGAGAGCAAAAUGUCUCGCUCUUCUAGAAUUGAUCGGCAGUCGAAGGCCUGCUAUUCAUCUGAGCUGUACAGCAGCAGUAAUUAUUCCUCUAAAUGUCAAGCCCCUUCCUUCAAUGGCUACCAGGGCUCUGUAUAUGAGGACAGUCUCUACAGUGGCUCUCGACGCUCCAGUGCUCGUUCUUCCUCUGAAUAUAGUGGUUUCCUGGGCUCAAGCUCUAGGACUUCGUCCAGAGCAAAUUCUGCGUGUGGCAGCCCAGUGCUACCAUCUGGUGGUUUCCAGGAGGACUGCAGCAGUUCAGUGGCUAGUUUCAUGCGCAGCACAGCUAAUAUCAGUGGCCUCUCUAGAGACCUUGACCGUGUGCUCAUCCCUGACCUGCCAAAUGUUAAUGGGAGGCUUUCUAUGGCUGAUGACAGGUUAGAACGAGACUACUUGGAAAAGGGUUCUUCACGAGCAUCGACUAUUUCUGGAGCCACUCUUACUUCUCUGGGUGGGACAUCCUCACGGAGAGGAAGCGGAGACACAUCCAUCUCUGCUGACACUGAAGCAUCCAUAAAGGAAAUCAAGGAGAUCCAUGAGCUGAAGGAUCAGAUUCAAGAUGUGGAGGCGAAGCACAUGCAGAACCUCAAAGAGCUCAAGGAUUCCCAUUCGGAAAUGGAGGAAAAGUACCGUAAGGCCAUGGUAUCUAAUGCACAGCUGGACAAUGAAAAGACCAAUAUGAUGUAUGAAGUGGACACCUUGAAAGACUCUUUAACGGAACUGGAGGAGAUGCUUUUUGAAACACGCCGUGAGCUUGAGGAAAAGUGUAAGGACCUUGAACGAGAGAAGCAUUCUCAUAGUAUACUGCAGUUUCAGUUCAGUGAAUUGAAGGAGAUGCUGAAACAGAGUGAAGAACUGCUCACUGAGAUCCGUCAAUUACGGCUCAAGCAAGAUGGCUAUGUUAGGGAGAUUUCUGACCUCCAGGAAACUAUUGAGUGGAAGAAUAAAAAAAUUGGGGCAUUAGAGAGGCAGAAGGAAUUUUCUGAUGCCAUUCGAAAUGAGCGGGAUGAGCUUAGAGAUGAGGUUGUUCAGCUCAAAGAUAUUUUGAAGAAACAUGGCAUUGUCCUUGGACCCGACUUAGCCACCAACGGAGAAACAGGUGAAGAAGUCGGAAAGGCUGAUCAGAAUUCUCAAAAAGCAUCAGCUGAAAUCCGAGAGGGGAGCAGUGUACUAGAAAUUCGCCUGCGAAAGCUGGUUGAUGAGAGGGAAAACUUAAUAGAGCAGGUUAGGAGAUUGAAAGGUCAACUUCAGCAGAAGAAUGGUAUAGAGGACGCGUCCAGCCCAGACAGAGAUGUGCUGGAGAACGGCACUGACUCCAACAUCAUGGAUCUACAGAGGGAUGCCCACAGACAAAUCAAUGACCUCAGAUUUAAGCUCGUGAAAUCCGAGCAAGAAGUCACAGCACUUGAACAGAAUGUCACAAGGCUCGAGGGUCAGGUGACACGUUACAAAGCUGCAUCUGAAAACGCAGAGAAGGUGGAGGACGAACUCAAAGCUAAAAAACGCAAACUGCAGCGUGAGUUACGCUCUGCACUUGACAAGAUUGAAGAGUUAGAGUCCAGUAACAGCCACCUCUCGAAAAGGCUGGAGAAGGUGAAGAGUGGUCGGGGAACAGCAACAACUCCCUAAUGAUUUCAGAUCUAUCCCAUAAUCUGCCUGAAAUCACCAUUGCCACUGGGCAUUUCCCAUCAUUCUGCACCUUAUGCAAAAUUAAUAAAACUAUAAACAAGCCCAUGAGAACAGUGAUUCAUUAUAUUCUUCAACCGUGCCAUUUCCUACUGUUUAUCCAUUUAGCUUGAGUUCUUCAUCUUUGGAGAACCCAGUCAGGACUUUCUGAAGGAUGCAGGAGGACUCUUAGUGUGCUUCAUUCAAAUGCACAAACACUGUAGUUCAAAAAGUUAGAAUGGUAAUUGUCACAUUUGAAUGUUGCUGUGACUGAACUGAUUCAAAGCACAAUGUGCAAUUCUGCCCGAGAUUAUUAAGAGAAGGAUCUUAAAAGUUACUCUUUGAAAUUCUGAAUGUGAUUGUGAAGAUCAGGACAUGUUGUCCAGCUCUAGGAUGUCUGGGUGGUCAUUUGUUUGAUUUAAGAUAAAGACACCUGUUGAUUCACUAAAACUAGACAGACAAGUAUGUAUGAUUGUGCGUGUUUGAUGCUUUCAUGUGUUCCACUCUAAAAGAUAUUGUAUUAUCUCUAGUAGAGUUGACUAGAUAUUCCUUAUCUACCUGAAGCCAAAGGUUCUGGAGUAAUAUUGA